AUGGCGGUUUCCGUUUCCAUCCUCACCAUCAUCACUUCCCUUCACCUCCUCGCUUUCGUCUUCGCCUUCGGCGCCGAACGCCGCCGCAGCACCGCUGUGGCGAAGCCGGACCAGUACGAUGAGAAGACCUUCUGCAUGUACGGAACAGAGGCGUCGACGGUGUACGGUAUGUCGGCGUUCGGGCUGCUUCUCGUUAGCCAGAUUGUGGUUAACGGCGUCACCAAAUGUCUCUGCUUUGGAAAGGGUCUCGUCACCGGCACUUCUUACACUGUCUGGGCUAUCGUCUUCUUCGUCGUCUCUUGGGUAAGUUUUCUUGGUGCUGAGGCAUGUUUGUUGGCUGGAUCAGCUAAGAACGCGUACCACACAAAAGCUCAAGGAGUCUACCAAGGGAAAGAGCUUUCUUGUGCGGUCUUACCCGUUGGGGUCUUUGCUGCUGGAGCUGCUCUGACUCUGUUGUCUUUGAUUGCAACCAUUCUUUACUACUUGGCUCAUUCUAAGGCUGACACUGGUGGAUGGGAGAAGCAUCAGAACGAUGGCAUCAACAUGACUACUGCUCCUUCAGAUGCUCCAAAGCCACAGAACACCGACUUCGACAAGGCAUAA